AUGGCUCUGAGUAAAUCAAUGCAUGCAAGAAAUAGAUACAAGGACAAACCUCCUGACUUUGCGUAUCUAGCAUCCAAAUACCCAGAUUUUAAGCAGCAUGUUCAGAUAAACCUGAAUGGAAGAGUGAGUUUAAAUUUUAAAGACCCUGAAGCAGUCAGAGCUCUGACUUGUACUCUCCUAAGGGAAGAUUUUGGACUUUCUAUUGAUAUUCCAUUAGAGAGACUAAUUCCCACUGUUCCUUUGAGACUCAACUAUAUUCACUGGGUAGAAGAUCUAAUUGGUCACCAGGACUCUGACAAAAGUGCUCUCCGAAGAGGAAUUGAUAUAGGUACUGGGGCAUCCUGCAUCUAUCCUUUACUUGGAGCAACCUUAAAUGGCUGGUAUUUCCUUGCAACGGAAGUGGAUGAUAUGUGCUUCAACUAUGCGAAGAAAAAUGUGGAACAGAAUAAUUUAUCUGAUCUCAUAAAAGUGGUAAAGGUACCCCAGAAGACACUCCUGAUGGAUGCUCUCAAAGAAGAAUCUGAGAUAAUCUAUGAUUUUUGCAUGUGCAACCCUCCAUUUUUUGCCAACCAGUUGGAAGCCAAGGGAGUAAACUCUCGGAAUCCUCGAAGACCUCCCCCUAGUUCUGUAAACACCGGAGGUAUCACAGAAAUCAUGGCAGAAGGAGGUGAAUUAGAGUUUGUCAAAAGGAUCAUCCAUGACAGUUUACAACUUAAAAAAAGGUUAAGAUGGUAUAGCUGUAUGCUGGGAAAGAAAUGCAGUUUGGCUCCUCUAAAAGAAGAGCUUCGCAUCCAAGGGGUUCCUAAAGUCACCUACACUGAGUUCUGUCAAGGUCGGACAAUGAGAUGGGCUUUAGCAUGGAGUUUUUAUGAGGAUGUAACAGUACCAUCGCCACCAAGUAAACGAAGAAAAUUAGAGAAGCCAAGAAAACCCAUUACAUUUGUAGUGUUGGAGUCUGUGAUGAAGGAGUUAUCCCUCAAAGCAUCGUCUUUGGGUUCUGAGACAGCAGAAGGCAUAGUAGUUGUGACGACAUGGAUUGAAAAAAUUCUCACUGACCUGAAGGUCCAGCAUAAGCGAGUUCCCUGUGGAAAGGAGGAAGUUAGCCUUUUCCUAACAGCCAUAGAAAAUUCCUGGAUUCAUUUAAGGAGAAAGAAAAGAGAACGAGUGAGACAAUUGAGAGAAGUUCCCCGAGCUCCUGAGGGUGUCAUCCAAGCCUUGGAAGAGAAAAAGUCCACCCCUAAAGAAUCUGGCAAUAGCCACGAUUUGGCCCAGGGCCCCCUGGAGAGUGCCACAUGCAGGCCUGCUGCACAGGAAGGGGAGUGUGUCACUGUUGAGGGCCCAAACCAGCCUUCCCUUUCCCAAGAAGAAAACCCAGAGUACAUGGAAGAUGAAAGGAGUGAGGAAAAGGGAGGGACAGAUGUUUUAGAAAGUUGUAAAGGCACUAGCAAUGGACCCCAGGACCGAGAGGCAUCAGAGCAGUUCAGUAACCCAGUGGCUGGAAAAGGGAAACAUCUCCAAGGAGUGGCUGGACAUUAUCUGUUUAAGUGUUUGAUAAACGUUAAGAAGGAGGUAGAUGAUGCAUUAGUUGAAAUGCAUUGGGUCGAGGGCCAGAACAGGGAUUUGAUGAAUCAGCUUUGUACCUAUAUACGCAACCAAAUUUUCAGACUUGUUGCUAGUUAA